AUGGGUGAGUGAGAAGACCAAUUGUUCCGUUUCGAGCUCAUUUCCUGCGGCUGCGCAGCGGAGGGUUUUGGUAUCGGCGCGGGAAACGGGAGCGCUUUUCUUCCCUUUUCUCGCUUUGAUCCAAGAUUGAUCACGCAAUUACCAGCACACGAAGACCUGACGUUCCAUGGAUGGGGGUCGACGAAGAAGAGCGGCCAUCAAAUCCCUGCAUCCUGAUUGGAAAGAGAAGCUUGAAAAAUGUUGCUUGGACAGAGUGAAACAGCAAAGAGCACAGUUGCUUUGGAAAAUGAGGUCAAGUGCACAACAAUCUCAUGGGGAAAAGAAUAUCAUGGAAUCUACAUUAAGAGAUAUAGUUUCCCAUGAGCUGCAGAAAAUUAAGCAAUCAUCUUCACAUGAAAAUCAGAGGAACUUAACCUCUUAUAACAAUGAUUUUGUAUGGGAGUUUGAUGGCCUGAAUGAAGAGAUAUCAACUGAAAUUGAAAGUGAGGAUCUGAUGUUGGAAAUGCAAAAACUUCUAUAUGAGGACCUGAGAGAGGAAUACAUUAGGAGAGAGCUCGAGUUCUUUGAAGAAGAAGAUAAAUACUUAGCUGAAGCAGUUUUGGAUCACAUGAAUCUCAGUGAUGACCAGAUUUCCGAGAAUAGCAAAGUGUGGUGCCCGAUUUGCAAAAAAGGAGAGCUACGAGAAAACUAUCAGCUCGUAUACUGUACUCAUUGCAGUCUUCGUCUUGAUCCUGGGAAUGACAAGAUAAAUUUGGACUUCCUAAAAGUCAGAUUAGGUGAGGUGCACUUGGAGCAUCUCAACAGAGGAUGCAGAGCAGCCCCUAAAUUCCUCAUGCACAAUAUGUUCAAUCUCAAUGCACUUUUUAUUCAAUGUGAAGCAUGCGAUACAUUCGAAAUUGUGAUGUAACCUGUAAUUAUUUGAUGAGAAACAAACUGUUCCUAUUUCAAUUUCCUUUUUUUUUUCAAACAAAAGUUAGAUUAAUCUCCAUCAUAGAAGACUGUGGACCUUGUUAUUUUUUCCUGUCUUAAAUUUUGGACAAAGUGAUUUUUACAGUU